AUACAGAGUUGGAGCCGUGUGUGGGGGAGGCGUAAGUAUGUUCGAUAGUUGCUUUAGAGCAUUGCUAAUAUAGGACAUAUCAAGUGCAAGGGCUAUCGCAGCCGCCCCCUUGUGAGACUAACCCUUCCAUUGUAGAUUCAAAGAACCAAAACUGACAGUGUGAAGUUUCUUGCCCCCGGUCGAUAUCCGUGGAAUUGGUUCCUUCCAAGACGGAGGACUUCGAGACAACCUUGCUGCAGAUAUUGCGCGCCGACUAUGUCGCCAAAUUUGGCCCUCUCGAAAGCAUCCAGCAAAGCUUGUAUCCAUGGGAACAGGUGUCACGGAGAGGAAUCCCGACCGAUCACCACAUUUCCGGCAUGUCUUCCGCGAUGGCUUUCUACGGCGUGGAUUUGAUGCCUGGAUGUCAUCCAUGGAUACUGAAUCUACGUGGUUGGAAAUGAUGGGACAGGUGGAGGAUGCCUACAAAGAAGACUAUCUUCGGCUCAAUAUUCCUCUCCGAGAUAUGUCUAGCGGCAUAGAUACAGUCGAGGCAGCAACAGCGUUGCUCGUAGCUCGAUUAUAUUUUGUCCUUGAAAGUCUGCCCGAAGAGACCGGGACUCCAUUCUGGUGCUAUGGGACCAUACGGUGCAAGGGUCCUGCCAAGCAGGUAGUCGAUGCGUUGGGACACCUCUACCCGCAAGGCCUGGACUAUAUAACCGACUCCGACACGAUCGGCUCACUCAAAGGCCAAAAUGAACUCUGUUUGGCUUGUGGACGAUACCGCCGACAGGUGUCAUUAUUUGUCGCCCAUUUAGAAAAAGUGGUCAACAUUUACCUCAAAAAAGAUGCCAAAAGCAGAUGGGGAAUAAACGGUUUCCCGGGGAGCAUGGCAUCGUUUGCCAAGGAUCAGGAAUUCUAUGCACCAUUUGGCCGUCUUGAUCAUGGCCGAUCGGGCUUGUCUCCAUGUGAAAGUUGUGAUGGACGGGAGAUCCUGGGUAACGGGAUGAGGCGGAAACGCUCAUCAGCGGGGUCCCGAAACAGUCGCCCUAAAAAGCUUCGUUCCACGGAUGAGAUUGAACCUAACUGAAAUUGUUAGUCAUGCUAGCCGCGUAAAACGAAUUUACGGUAAUCAUGGUAAAGCUGCUGCCCCCACGCUCUUUGGUAUCGUGAUACUUUGGAUAUUUGCAUUAUAUACUUAGUUUUCGAUUUUGUUCUGAUUCAAUUUAUCAAACAAUCUGUCCAUCCACGCCUGGAUCAGGUGACAAUGUAACAUCAUAAAGCUGGUCUU